AUGGAUUUUGGUAAAAAAUGCAUCAAUUGUAAUAUAAAUUUGCGUAAAGCAGUUGGCUAUAAGAAAGUUGUUAUGACAAUCGAUGAAGCUUAUAUUGCGACUGAAAAAAUUGGAAAGAGAGUCCUUAUUAAUGAUGCCUUUUGUAGUAAGUGUCGAGUUAUUUUAACAAGACCACCUAUACUUAAGAACACUGAGGAUUCAUCUGCAGAUCGAGUUAGUAUCAAAAGCCAGCCAAUUUUGUCUCAAUCCUCAUCCACUAUUGUUUCAUCUGUAUCCUCAUCUCAAGAUCCUUCAUCUGUUAUUGAAGAAAAAAUGGAAGAAGAAUUAGAAUUUGUGGAGUUGGGUUUUCCCCGAAUCAUAUCGACACAUAAAUACUGUUGCCUUUGUGGAUCAUCAGCAAAUAUCAUCAUAGUUCCGUUUGAAGCACGCAAGCAAGUAUUUUCCAAAAGACGACUCUUUAUUCCAGAAGGAAAUCGGUGUUGUAAAGAUCAUAUUAUAAAAAAGCGAUUCUAUGAUGAAGACAUUAACAGUUUUCGAAUUUAUUCGAAUACCAGUGUAUUUGAAGUUCGUGAUUUGGAAAAAUUACUUGGGCAGCUGGCUAUUGGCACUGAUUCGUCCAUAAUUGAUAAAAUUGGAGAUCACUCGAUUUCAGAAAAACAGCUGGAAGUAUUUACGAGCCUUACCUGGGAAAAAUUGAUAAAACUUCUGAUAUCUUCAAUUUUUGGUUUGCCACGGGAACAAAUGGUAUCCGACUACUGUGAUGAAGUAAUAUCUUCAUUUGAAAAAGAUGUUUUGCCUCAGUAUUUCGGAAUCGAUGCUAUUAGUAGGGAGACAUUACUCACCAAUACGUCAAGUACUGCUAAAAUGUUGUAUCAAGUAAAAGAUGACCAGUUGAUAUUCAUUUGCGAUGGAACAUAUAUUCGUCAUCAAAAAAGUGCAAAUAACGAAUACCAGAGGAAAUCAUAUUCUGGUCAAAAGAAAGUCCCUCUGUGCAAACCAUUCACGAUAUGUACUACAAAUGGUUUCGUUAUAGAUAUGCUUGGGCCAUAUACAGCUCAUAUGAACGAUGCUGAGAUUAUGAGAAUCAUCUUAAAUGACCCCAAUGGUCUGAUUAAGUUGCUGAAUAAAGGUGACAUUAUUGUAGUUGAUCGUGGCUUCCGGGAUGUGAUAGUAUAUUUAGAAGAAUUGGGGUUCAAAGUACUAAUGCCUGCUCUCAAAGGAAAACUCAAUCAGCUGACCACAGAUGAAUCAAAUGAAUCCCGUUUCGUUACCAAAAUCCGUUGGGUUGUAGAAGCAGUACAUGUGUUUUUUUGUCGAAUCGCUUGUUUUCUGCAUAAUGAAUAUGGUACGAGACUUGAUUCUGAUCUCGAUCUUCGUGAACAACUUAUUGCCGCCAUGAACUCAAAAAAGGAUCAAGAUAAUACCUUAGCCUCGGAGGUAGAGACUAAUCGUUGGGCAAGAAGAAAAGUUCCUUUUGCAACAAUAACUUCAGAUAUAUUAACUGAUUUUCCUGAAUUAACGAAACAAGAACUCAAAAUUCUUUUCACAGGAUCAUAUCAGAUGUCUCAAGCUGUAUCGUAUUUAGCUGAAAUGAUGGAUGAAAAUGGAACGAUCAUACUUUAUUAUUUGAAAAUUACACCUAAUAUUUUAAAAUUCCAAGUCAGAUCUCGACAUAUUAAUUCGAAGACAUAUUAUUGUUUUGUAGAAUAUCAGCCAGAUAAGAACAAUAUCUCUGGAAUAACUCGAUAUUGUUGUAAUUGUGCAAAUGGUAGACGUACUGUUGGAUGUUGCUCACACAUUGCUGCUAUUAUAUACCAUUUAUCUCACGCUCGAUAUUUAGCGCAAAUUGUAAAACCUGCUGAGAUACUUAGUUGUCUGUUUAUUGAUGAAAAAGUCAGUGUCGUCAUAAAUGAAGACAGUCAUGAAGACUAG